AGGACACCACUCAAUACCAUUUUAGCAUUGAUGGCACUACCCAUUUUUAGAAAUUCAAGUUCUUCUUAUUUCGCGCGUAGGAUUUUAAUAUUUGUGUCGUCCUCGCUACCCAACUAUAUCUAGUAAAAAUGUGAAAACGUCGUACCGCUGUUCGUGUACUAUGAAAUAAUGUACCAAUUGUUCAUCCCCUUUCCUGUAUGAAAUAUUUUGUUCCACUUCUACCCCUUUUGCUUUUGCCCACAUCAUGUUGCGAAGUUGACAAUUUACCCCCAAAUUCCUGUACUACAAGUACUACAUUGCUAUUUUACGACUAUGGGUGCCAAAGUUUCGACCGGCGAGCGCAAAGCGCACGACCGCGGUUAUCCUGAGCGAAAACGUCCAGAGAAGUUGUCAUGCUAAAUAACGGCGCGCCACCUAAAAUCAAUGUCUCUCAUGCGCAACCUCACGACAAGCAUUUUCCAAUGCUGUCUGGCAGCUUAUCAUGCGACAAUCAGGAUCAGAUGAUCGAUUAUUUGCAAUGGAAGCAACUUUUGUUGCUUUGUGAUUGUGUAGCGAAAUCCACAUCUUGACUAUGGGGUGGGGACAUUUUUGCUCAGGAUAGUGGUCGUGCGAUCGCGCCGAUGAAAAGCCCGAAGGGGGUCAACCUGGCGAUAUCAAAAGGAAAAAUCCCCCUUCCCCAUAUCAAAACGGAACUUCUGAUGCUGGAUUUGUGUACACAAAUGGGCUUUGUGUUGCAGGAAGGCAUUGCGGCCACAUACUCAGCUGAGACAGAGGCGUCUGGGUCUAGUUGUUCAGCAUGGCAAACAGUUCCCCUGUAGGCCAAACAGCAUGACAAACGGCUCCCAUAAUGGGCCGAAAGCUUCUGCCCUUGUCUUCUUGCAGCACAAAUGUGAUUUGUGACCUCAAAUCAGCAACACAAAUUUCCGGAAACAUACCUUUUCAAUAUGGGGAGGGGGGAUUUUUCCUCUCAAUAGGCCACUUUAUGCACGGCGAACACGUCUGGGUCGGGAAGAUUUGAAGAUUUGGCAUGCGGGUCGGACAUGACUCUGAGUUCUGUAAUGCAUGGGGACGAUGAGACUUGUUUGCAAAUACUACGCAGUCUGCCAUGCAGAAUACGCAACAGAUAGCAGCCGGAGAAACUUGCCAUGCUGGGCUGUGUGUUGCGGUGUUUACCAAUCAUUGACAGCCUCGCACUACAACUUUCCAGACCCUCGAGACAUGUUUGCAGGUGAUAGACUUCCAUGCUAGACGACGACAAGAACGACACUACUGCGGGCGCUGCUGUAUUAAAAACUGCGCCCCCACUAUCGUAUGAAAAAAGUGUUUCACUGUAAGGAUUUUGCAAGUUUUGCAUCACAAGUUUGUUCUAUAUCACAGAGAAAAUUUGCCAUGCGAGAUUCCUAACGGAAAACACAGCUAAAAAUCCACUGUCUUGCAUGUGCAGCAAAGCAAAUAUUUCUCAGAUGCAUUUUCCGCAUUACAAGUUUACAGUGAAACAGUUUUUUUUUGCGAUACCCACCAUUGGAGCCAGGACACGUUCUGAACAAGCCGGUCGAGUUGACCGCUGGUGGCGUGAAGACAAAGCAGCAGCCACAACCGGACAGCGCGAGUAAGCAGACUAACAGCACGGCUAGCACGGCAUCUUCCCCGCACGUGAUAGAGGAUUUUUCGGUGUCAGCUGCCUCGGGACCACACGAGCAGGAGGGAGCUGCAACCGCACCAAAUAAAACAAAAAUAGGAACCAAAGUAGAACCCACGAAGACGAUGACCUCCACCCGACCCGUGAACAUCGGCCCGAGAAAAGACAGGUACGAAAUUUCUCCCAACGAACAGACGCAGCUAACUUACGCGGAGUUAGAGGUAUCCAGGGAAAAAAGAUUGUAGGUGUAACUUUCUUGGAGGAUUAGCAUGACAAAUAUCUCUCGCAUGACAGCAAGAACCUGUCGUGCGCAGAUAGUACGGGAAAACGCCGUUGAAUGGACCCUACAAUGCAGGCGCAGCAUGACAGGCGCAAUCGAUUUGCAUGUUGCGCAUCACAAAUUUACACUAACAACCUUUUUUUCUCGGAUAGGAGGACAAAAACGCCGAUUAUGACCCGAACGACCCGCAGGCGGAGAGCUAUGCAAGAAAAAAACUGUGUAAGUAAGUGUAAAUUUGUGUUGCAGAGGAUGCAAGACAUCUUCUACACUUGUCGUGCUGGACAUGCGUCAGAAACCCUUCUCCUAAGGGUUUUGCCGUGCUACCCACGCAUGAGAAAAUUUUUCUGUCUUGCAGAGCAAAUUUCUGAUGCUGUUCCUCCAAGAAAGUUUACACUUCCACACUUUUUUUCCUGGAUAGGAGCAGGAGGAAGUUUAAAAAAGACCGGUCCAUGCUGUCACAAACCUACUCGGUCGUGAAAAAUCCGGGGUUAGUGUCCGAAGAGCAGAAAGACGUCGUGAAACAGAAAGUUGUAUCCCUUGUAGAAGUAUCGUAGCCGUAUAAUUUGCUGUAAUUGCAUUUCAGCAUGACAGUACAGUAGAACGUCUUCCUUUAUUGUUCCCUGGCUGCAUGUGCAUCACACACUGACUCGUUUUUUUCAUCUCGCACCAACAUUUUAAUGCAAUCUUUGCAAAAACAAAAUCUGCAAUUUAUGCUGCUAGUACGAUGCUUGGGUUGCAAUUGAUAAGUUGAAGAGUACGAGCAGGUGGAGAAGUUCCUGGCGAAAAAGGCGGGAAAAUCGCUCGCGGAGCUGGAUGGGUAUGAAUAUGAUAGUUGCGUCGCACUUUUAUUCUACCCACCUAUGGGUCGUCCUUGUUUGUGCAUGACAGACCCGGCUGCGCUUCUUGAAGUUGAUUUUCGCAUCGGAGAUUUUAUUUUCGAGUCAAUUAUCUUAUGCGGAAGCGGAUAGAAUUGAAAACCUCCAAGCAAUAAACAACCACUAUCAGGCGUCAACCAUAUGCCGGCUCGCCUGACAAGUCUAGCGACGGAACAAAUUCACCGUCUCCACUGAAACCGAACAAGUUCGGCUCCCAGCCUGUGCCACCGACGCAUAUACAUUGCAAAAGUAUCAUAUUCACACUAGUAAUAGCUGCAGUCCAAAUCAGCAUUACAAAUUGCAUUUCUUCUCUUAGAGAACAAAAAUUUGUGUUGGAAUUCUACUAGCCUACGAUUAUACUUUUGCAAUUCAUAGCGCAACUGGAGCAGCAGUUUCGGGAACGAGUGCUGAUCGAGGACCAACUAUGGAUUGAAAUAGUAUGUCUGGGUCUGGAAAGAAGUUGUGAUGCUAAAAGUGAACAACAGAUGAAGCACUGCAAUACGUGGCCAAGCAUGACAAGUUUAUUUUGGGCUGCUCUGUACUCAUUGCGUUUUCCGCAUGGCAAGCUGUAGCUGCGUUUUUGCAUGACAGGUACUAGAAGUACUGGGCAGACCCUUUCAACAACAUCGGAUGCUGAUCUGCAUUACAGAGUCCUCUCGAGUCAUGUCCGACAUGCGUGACAAAUCUAGCGAAAAUCUGCGUUCCAUACCUCGUCCCAGACAUAUCGUGUUUGCAUUGGAUACUAGCAGAAAAAGCACAAGAUGCUGGAAGCCCGGCUAAAAGCGGAGCAGGUUGCACAGGAGCAGAAAGAUAGCAUCAAGCAACAAUUAUCAACUGCAAAAAUGUCUGGGUCUGGAAACUUGUGAUGCUAAAGUGUGAAUGAUGGAAGCAAUUCCGAAUGCAGCCAAGCAUGACAACUUUCCAGAACGCUUUCUGAUGCACAGCCCGCAUGAGAAACUGCGUUUUCGUCUAGACAAAAGAGGCUGCGGAUUUUGGUGGUCAUGCAAUACAAAUUUUACAGGAAUGUGAGAGCUGCAUUACAAGUUCCACUCUUCCAGACCCAGACAUAUUUGCAAUCCAUAACAAUGGCUGGAGAACCAUUGGAAGAAUGUGAAUUUGCCAGAGGAAUUGAUUUAUGCAAUGCAAAAGCAUCGUUAAGCAUCGUACUCAGUAGUAGAAAUCGCAUUACAAAUUAUCUCAGCAUUGGAAAUGGAAUUUGUAAUGCGGAUUUACGUUAUUAAAAUGGAUGUGUAAUGCAUGACAAUGACUGCGAUUACUACGGGUACGUGUGCGAUACUUUUGCACAGGAUAUAAUUGAAGGCAACGAGCCUCUGAUAAAACUGUUCACGAAAGAAGACAACGAGGACCUAGACGCUAUGAGGGUCUCAAAUGUUACAUUCUCAACUGUUACAUGAAUUUGUCAUGCAAAAACACCAUCAUCAAUUAUCCACGAGACCAAGCUGCUUCGCAUGACAAACUUGCCUAGGGCUCAACAGCGCCUAAAUCGGUGCGCAAUUUGUAAUGCUACAGGCGCAAUCUCCCCCCUUUCACUUUUCCCAUUCUUGCAUCGCAAACCCAUGUAACAGCUGAGAAUGUAACAGUUGAGAACGCCAUAGACGCCGGCAUUUACGAGGACGAGGAUUUGUCACCACGACAACGGUAUCAACUAAAAAUGUCUGGGUCUGUUUGUCAUGCUUGUCUGGCAUGACUCUUAAAUCUGUCAUGCACGUUACCCAAGAGCUCCGCUUUUCUGUGAUGCAGAAGCGCCGUUUGUCAUGCAGAAUAGGCAACACCUAGGAGCUCAGAAACUUGUCAUGCUGAGCCACCAUUUGUAGCCUCAUCAUGAGACGCUACCCAGCAUCUCAAGUUCCCAGACCCAGACAUUUUUACUUUUGAUAAAGGGAAAAUAAAACCAAAACCAAAAACCAACCUCCACAUUGACGCUGAUGAGCCAUCUCCCCAGUCGAAAGUGCCCUCAGCGGACGACAUUUUGAACAAGGUUUACGCCAAAAAAAGCCCGAAGAACCAACCGAAUAGUAAAACCAGCACAAGCGCAAAGCAGAGGGUUAUGAACAACAAGCGGCGCCCGCUUGAUCCGGGCACUGAUAGUUCUGAGGACAAGUCAGACUCCGAAACUGAGGAACCGACUUUGAAUUUGGAAAAGUCAGGAGCGUUGCGAACAAAUCUCGCCGCGCCGCCCCCUCUGCCGUCGUUCCCGCAGACCAUUGGGAAUAAGGAGGCGAAGAUAUCGUAAGGAAAAUCCCCCCUCCCAUAUUAACAAGGUGCGUUUUCGAAAAUCUGUGUUGCUGAUUUGUGACCACAAAUGGUCGCUGUGUUGCAUGAAGGCAACCCCACAGGCUCCGCCGCAUUCUACAGGCGGUUUGUCAUGCUCUUGCUCCUACGGCGUAAACGUCUGGCAUGCUAAGCGCCUAGGCCAAAGCCUCACCACUCGGACUAGAUACGUGUCUGCAGUCCUCUCCAGCAAGACAAACCUGAUUUGUGUACACAAAUCCAGCAACAGAAGUUUCCAUUUCAAUAUGGGGAGGGGGGAUUUUUCCUUUUGAUAGAAGACACUUCGAACGGUGUACAACACGGGGCAGGUCGGUAUGGGAUUCUCAAACGUUACAUUCUCAACUGUUACAUGAUUUGUCAUGCAAAACUACCAUGAGCCGCCAGACAAUCAAGCCGCCUCGCAUGACAAAUCCCCGAAGGGCUAAACAGCACCUAAAUCUGUGCCGGAUUUGUGAUGCGAGAGUUGCAAGCUUGCCCCUUUCACUGUUGCGGUUCUGACCCUAUGCCGCUCCAGCGCCUGCGGAGGCUUGCCUCCCCAGCGAUAAUGGACAAUGGCAAUGUCGGUGCGGUUGUUUUAGCAUCACAAAUUCAUGUAACAGUUGAGAAUGUAACGUUUGAGAACGCCAUAGUCGGCGGUGCGCAGAACAUGCAGGGAGGUGGAGCUGCGCCAACCGCCGCUAAUGUGACAACAGGAGCGCCUUCCUCUGGAAACAGCGCGAAUUACCAGGGUUUCCCGCAGUUCGCAUCCGCUGCAAGGAAAUCCGAAGCGCCCUCAUCGUCGAUUCUGCGGCAAAAAGCAGUCGACUCUACUGCGUCACCGGAUGGUGCACGGACGACAAAGGCGCGAAGCCCGAGUGGAAAAAAGAAAGAGAAGGACGGAUCGUCGAAAGCGGACCCGAGCAAGCGCGUUUCCUUUGAUGAGUCGAAUAACGAGGAAUUUUCCCCCGCUUCCUCCGUUUACAACCGAACGAGGAACGCCCGAGCCGGACGGUUUGGCACCGGGGGAGACAUUUUGUCGCCUGAGAAGAAUAAACUACAGCAACAGAUGAGAGGAUCAUUUUCUGAAAGCGGUGCUGCUGAUGGGGCAGCUUCUAGUACUACAACCGGGACGUCGAAUAUGGAGAGAAAAAAGUUUGUCACAGUCACUAACUUGCAGGCUUUGCAUUACAAAUUUUCUCAGCAUCACAAACUUUCCUUGUAUUGCAGAAACACUAGGGAAAUCCCUAAUGAAGUUUGGCUGUGAUGCAUUUUUACGCAUGACAAACAAUUUUGUAUUGCAAAAAUGCGCAUGAGUGAUCGUGACGAACUUUUUUUCUUUGAUAUCGAACAAUCAGCACCUGUUUCACAGCAACCCGUCCAAGAUCUCCAUUAACGCCAGACGGGUAUUAUCAAGUGCAAAUAUCCCUGGAUGUCUGGAAAGAUGCAAGGUUUGUCGUGCUAGUCCGGCACGGCUCUGAACUUUGUAUAUUGCGUGGCCACAAGCAGCCUCUCUUGACUGUCAUGCAAAAAUAAGGCAGUUUCUCAUGCGGAAUACGCAGCACAGAAGUUGAAGCACGAAAAAACUUGUCAUGCUUGGCGGCGCUUUACAGUGCGCUUGCUCUUGGCUGACUUGCAUCACAACUUCCCAGACCCAGUCAUAGUUGCAUUUGAUAGGUAUUGUUUGCGUGGCUGAAAAGAACGCGACGGCACGCCAGGCGAACGGAAGAGAUCGCGCUUGCGCAGAAGAGAAUAACCAAACUGGAGCGGAAACAGCAACAAUUACGCGAGAAAAACGCCGGAACUUCUUCUAGUAUUACAUCGGCUGCGAAGGGAGCAGGAGGUGCUGGGGGACCAGAGGAAAAUGAGACUGCCAACUACAAGCCGUCAAAAUUUAAGCCAGCAAAGCGGCGGAAGCUCCUUCGCAUCGACCGGUAUCUGGAUGAUUGGGAGGAGUUGGACAGUAUCCACUGCAAAUAUGUAUCUAUGGGUCUGGAAACUUGUGAUGCUGAAUUGUGGAUGACUGAAAUACUUCCCCAUGCAGCCAAGCAUGACAAGUUUGCCGCACACUUUCUCAUGCGCAGUCGGCACGAGAAACUGCGCUUUUGUAUGACAAAAGACGGCAUCUUUUUGCUAGUCAUGCAACACAGAUUUUACAGGAAUGGAGGACUACCAUUACAAGUUCCAUGCUUCCAGACCCAGACAUAUUUACAGUCGAUAGACAGACUCGCCAUGGCGGAUCCAGUGAAGCUGAUCAAGUCGCAUUUGGAACGAGUCACGUUAUCCUGAGUAAAAUUGUCCCCACAUCGGAGUCAAGAAGGGAAAUCUGCUACACAAAUCAACUCGCUUUGGUUGUUUCGCAUGACAAGUCUGCCCUCGUACUGUGAUCCUGUUUAGCUUUAGUUCAGAAGCAUCACAGAUCUAGCAUAUCGUGCUGGUUCUAACAUCACAACUUCCAAAACACGACUAGAAAAUGCUUCUCAUGGUGCUCCGCAUGAGAACCUUUUCUGGCAUGCAGAUUUCCAUGACAGCUCUUGGGUGGGGGCCUUUUUCCUCAAAAUACACGUACAAGUUAAAUCACGGGGAGGACCCGCGGUUCGACUUGCUGGGACACCACGACGCGGCCAAACGGGUGUUGAAUGAGCAUAACCAGAUGGAGUUUUAUUCUGUCGACAUAUCGUACGAAAAAAGUGUUUCACUGUAAGGAUUUUGCAAGUUUUGCAUCACAAGUUUGUUCUGCAUGACAGAGAAAAUUUGCCAUGCGAGUUUCCUUAAGGAAAAGACAGCUAGAAAUCCAUGGUCUUGCAUGUGGAGAAAGACAAAUACUUCUCAGAUACAUUCUCUGCAUUACAAGUUUACAGUGAAGCAGUUUUUUCUUGCGAUACGACAGUAACCAACAGGAGUACGCCGAACACCCGCUGGAUAAACCUCGCGUGGGGAGCAAGAAGGACGACGACAUAAUCAACGAGGCGGAGUUGACAAGAAAUUUGGCCCGGAUCCGGCGGGAAAAGGAGAAGAGGGCGAAUCAGUCUGAUUCCGAUGUGGAGUCGGACGAAGAAUGGAUGAAGCGUGUCAACUGUAAAAAUGUCUGGGUCUGGAAGAAUGCCAAACUUGGCAUGCAGAAUUUCCAUGCCCCGUGAGGUCUGGAAUGCAGGGCCUAGCAUGACAGAUUCUGCGAAGUGGUCCCUAUCGUGCCUGUCCUGCAUGAGAAACUCCUUCUCAUGAUGGUGGUCAGAAAAGGGCAACUUUUGGCAAUCACGCAAGAUAGAUUUUUGUGUGAUCCACAGGACGCAUCACAAGUUGCAUCCUUCCAGACCCAGACAAUUUUGCAGUUGAUAAAGCGGAGGGAGGAACGAAAAUUGAAAAGGCAGAAAGAUUUGGAAGAGAAAAACAGAACUGGGCUUGGCGAAGGUACUGACUUAGUACGAUUUCGUCUUGCGUGCGCGUGGGCGUGCUGUUCUUGUCUACAUGAUGCCUUCUGGAUCCUUUUGUACAAGUUCAAGUUAGUUUGAUUCAUUUUGUCAGCAGAAGCCUACGAAAAAUAAAAGCGAAAAAUAUGGAAAAAGUAGAAAAUUCAUAAUUUGAAUUUUUAAUAUUCACCUCUAACCAGCCGACGUCUCGUCGCCGCUGCUGUCUCCGACUUCCAAAAUUCCAAUCGAGUUCCAACCGACCUUCGCUGAGCGGUUUGACGAGCAGCUUCUGAAGCAGUCCGAGCUGAAGAAGCGGAUACGAGAUGAGUACACCAUUCCCCCUCGUGGUCCCCCUCCUUUGUCAUGCAAAACGCCAAAUCCAGGUGCGGCCUUGUCGCACCGUUUGCAUGACAAACACGGAAAGCGCCGGCGGCCCAAACAGCACUACAAUCGGCGCGUUGUAAAGGAACUUGUUAUAAUGCACAGCAUACACGUGUGCUGGUGUUUGUAUUGCUGUUUCUGCCAAAGAACCAAGCGGGAGGCGAGGGGGGUUUGUGCUCUCUCAUACCGGAGACGCGACCAGCACAAGCUGUCCGCGGUGUAUCAAAUGCAAAAGUGUCUGGGUCUGGAACAAAGCAACUUGGCAUGCUAAAGCUGAAUCAUGUAAAAAUCUGUGUUGCAUGAUUACCAAAAGCUGUCCACUUUCGACCUAAUCGAGGGGCAGUUUCUCAUGCAGGAUAGGCAUGAUAGAACUCUCACAGAAUCUGUCAUGCUCUGUCCUACAUACCAGACCUCAUGGGUCAUGGAAAACCUGCAUGACAAGUCUGGCAUCCUUCCAGACCCAGACAUUUUUGCAGUUGAUACGGUGAAGGCCCAGACGAUUUGGCAGCAGGAGCUGGAACAGGAGAGGCAGAAAGCGGUUUUGCUAAAGAAACAGGAGGAAGAGCAGAGGGAAAAUUUGAAGCUGGAGAAGAAGAGACUGGAGGAACUUCUGAAACGGAUCGAGUCCGGGAAGGAAAACAUGCGGUUGAGCGGGUUGAAAUUCGGCGCCGACUGUAUGACCUGCUUUAUCGUUACAAUCUCAAACGUUACGAAUAGAAUCUGGAUUUUGUAUUCUUGCAUGAUGAGCAUGGCAGACUCGCCCAGCGUUCCACUUUGUGCAAUACAAAUUCGCCAGAUUCUAGUGCGGAUCGGGACGCCAGAAGUUGUCAUGCGCAAUCCUGUGGGAGUAGGAUAGAUGUAGAUCAUGCACUUCUUGCAUCACAGAUUUCCUCCAUAUUGUACUGUAACCUUUGAGAUUGUAACAGCUGAGCGUGUUAUAGACUGGAUUCGCGGUUCGUCUUCGAGUAAGGGGACAAGUAGUUCCACUUCGAAAGAUCUGCUCUCCGCUUCGGUUCUGUCGGUGUCCGCAUCUGCGUCCUCGAGCCAAGGCGGCGGCGUGUUUUUGUCGGGGAGCUACACAAGCUCCUCGCAUGUCGACGAUCGGUUUGACCAGUCGGUGAAAUCACAGUCGGACGGCGGGAAUCUGAUGGAUUUGCUGCCAACCUUCUUACAGAACCAGAAGAAGCAGCAAGACCACGACCAGCGAGCAAGUUCUGCUGGGCCGCAGCCUCCGCAAUCUACAGGCCCUACAACUGUUCCGAAACUACCCGCGAAGCCACCACCGAACGUUGCGCAAACGACGAAACUGUCCCCGAGAACUGGGGCCGCGUUUUUGGAAGCAAAAACGCAGGACUAUUCGCCCAGGACGGCAGGUGGAGCAGACCCGUUAUCAGCCUCGGUGCAGAGCACGCAAAGGAGGUUGAACGCGAGCCACAACGUGAACGUGCUGGAUAUGCAUUGCAAAAUCCUACCGUACGGUACUUUUAGCAUGAAGAAUCGCAUUACAAAUUUGAUCAACGUGACAAGUGGCGCUUGUCAUGCUAAAAUUACUUAAGAAACCAGAUUUGUCAUGCAAGUCUGGCAACAUAUCUGCGAGUGCGAUACAACUUUUGCAAUUCAUACUGGAGCAGCAGCUCCAACUUCAGUCCCAACUCAGCGAGGCCGGUGGGGAUAUUGGUACGAGUAUGAUGAACGCCACUGGUUUGUCAAUCGCGGCGCAGGCACAGUCCAAUUUCUGGGAGAGGAUGCAGUACGUCAAGGCUGACCAGCAGCUACUGGCAAAGGAAAUGGAGCGGCGAAAGUUGAAGGAGCAGCAAGAGAUGAAAAGGAGAAAGGAAAUGGAAAAGCAGCUGCUCAAGGAGCACGAAGAACAGGAGAAAAAACUCGAAGCGGAACGGAAGCAGAUCCGGGACAACAUCGCGUUAGAGUUGAAGAAGAUGGAGGAAAGACGGAAACAGCUGGUUUUGGAGCGGACGGGGGGAGGAAGUAGUACUAAUACCGGGGGGGCGCAGCUGGCAAAUACAAAAUCUUCAAAUUUGUCUCCGCUGUCACCUGUUUUGGAACACCAAUCCGCGAAUCAGGAUGAUCAUGUUGGUGAAAAUAAAACAAGUGCGAAAACAUACGAGGAAACUUUCGAACUUGACCCAGUUGCAGAGAAAGACAAGUCGGUGGAUACCACAAACUUGGCCAAAGCGAACAAAGGGCUACUUCAUAGCACUACUUCCGCAACUUCUAUGGAGUCGGUGCAAAAACCGGCAACAGCUGUUGUUCCCGGUUUGAUUCCUGCCACAGCCUCGGCGGCAUCCGCAUCCUACGACUACCUGACGAGCUCCCCUACUGCAAAGCAGGAGGAGAAGGCGGCUAUUGCCGCGAUUUCUUCUCAAUUGAUGAAGAACUCGCAGAGCUGCAAUUUGGACAUCAUUCCAGAAAAUAUCAACUUCGGACAAGUAGGCGCCGAUCAACUAAACAAAACGUCGGACAUAUCCCGUGUAAAAACGGCUCCACCCCAUAGUCAAGAUGGGUGGAAAUCUGCUACUUAAACAAAUCAGCAAACUUUGGCUGUUGUGCAUGACAAGUUUGGCCUCGUAGUGUUAUCCUGUUGAACUAGUCGAGCAGCAUCACAGAGCUAACGCAUCGAGCUGAUUAGAGCAUCGCAAAUUCCGAAACGCGACUAGAAUACGCUUCUCAUGGGACUCCGCAUGAGAAACAUUUCCAGCAUGCGGAUUUGCAUUUCUAUGGGCGGGUGGGGACGUUUUUACAUGGGAUAUGACACACCAAUCAUUUCACACGACAGUGCAGCUGUGGCUGGUGAUAUGAUCUCUAGAAGUUCUCCAACUUCUCCGGAAAUCGACCCUGUGACCGGUAGAUUGUUGAAAACGAACAUCCACUUGUCGUCUCUGUCCUCCCCCGGAAGCAGCUUUAUUAAUGAUGCAGUAGGUCACGACAGCUCGAUCGAAAAUAUCGAGCAGUCGGUGAAAAUAUGAACUGCAAAAGUAUCGUAUUCGUAUAAAUAUGCAUUUACAAAUUUCUUCAGCAUGAGAAAUAAAAUUUGUAAUGCGGAUUUAUCUAUAAGAAAAAGAUUGGUAAUGCAUGACUGCAAUUUAUUUUACUACGAACGAGUACGAUACUUUUGCACAGGAUAGACAAAACAGGCCAGCAAACUUCACGAGUUGGAAGAGCAAUCUGAAUAUGGAUUCGUAAAAAUGUCUGGGUCUGGAAGGUUGGAACUUGUAAUGCUAGCUUUCCAUACCUAGAAAAUCUGUAUUGCAUAACCAACAAAAGUCGCAGCCUCUUUUGUCAUGCAAAAACGCAGUUUCUCACGCGGAUUGCCUAUGAGAAAGCGUUUCGGGAAGUUGUCAUGCCGGACUGCAUUCGGAAGUGUUUCCAUCAUGCACAUUUUCGCAUCACAGGUUGCCAGACCCAGACACUUUUACAUUUGAUACCGAAUUGUUGCGACGGGACGCGGCGAAAAAAGCCUUUGAUUUGUUUGACCAAACGGACGUGUUUGAGCAAACGGAUUUCUUUGACCAAUCCUUGCCAACGAUCAAUUCCGAGGCUGCGCUGCUAGAGCUGGACGACGACGAUGAAUCGGUUCUGGACUAUGACGAGGAAACGGGGGUUUGCUUUUCCCCCAACACGACCUAUCAACUGUAAAAAUGUCUGGGUCUGGAAGAAUGCAACUUGUGAUGCUGCAUUUGGAUUCCCAAAAAAAUCUGUAUUGCAUGAGUACCAAAGGGAGUGCAAUUUUUGCUACGCUGAGAAGGCACUUGUCAUGCGGAAUAUGCAUUAAGAAGCCCUCAAAAAAUCUGUAUUCCUAGGGUAUGCAACACAGACAUCAUGGCUCAUGCAAAACGUGCAUGACAAGUGUCAGAAUCUUCCAGACCCAGACACUUUUACAUUUGAUACGACCGCUUUGGGGACAAUGGGGCUGGCUGUUACAGUUGACCAGGAUGCUCGCGCUGGCACGUUGGACGACCAUGGGACAAGUUUGACUUUGCUGCCCGGGUAUCAAAUGUAAAAAUGUCUGGGUCUGGAAGAUUGCCAGAUUUGUCAUGCAGUUUUUUCAUGAUCCAGGAAGCCCGGAAUGCAGGACCUAGCAUGACAGAUUCUGUGCGAUCUCUCUCAUGCCUAUCCUGCAUGAGAAACUGCCUCUCGAUUAGGUCAAAAGUGUACAACUUUUGGCAAGCAUGCAACACAGUUUUUUGCCUGCUCCGGAUUUAGCAUGACAAGUUGCAUUCUUCCAGACCCAGACAUUUUUGCAUUUGAUACCGGGGCGGCGGUCGCGAUUGUCUCCCCGAGUAACGAGGGAUCGAGCGCUAUCCAAGAAAAAAACUGUGUAAGUGUAACUUUGUGUUGCAGACGAUGCAAGACAGUCACAACUGUCAUGCUGGACAUGCAACAGAGGCACUUUUCGUACGUGUUUUCACGUACUAGCUACGCAUGACAGGUUUUCUCUGUCAUGCAGGGCAGACUUGUGAUGCUGUUCCUCCAAGAAAGUUACACUUACACAGUUUUUUUCCUGCAUAAGCGCUAUCGCAGGAAGGAAAAAACUGUCUUUGCUUCUCAAACCCUUGCAAUCGCUGCACUUUUACGAUGACACGCAAAAAAAUUUGUGAUGCGUCACAUGAUGCUGCGAGAGAAAUGAACAGGCAUGAAGCGCCGGCCUUUUCCUGCAUGAUGUCCUCGAGCAUGACAAAAGACUGUCUCAACAAGGACGUUCCGCAUUUAUAAUACAAGUUGAGACUGAGACACGAGUUUUUCUUUUUUCUCACGAUAAGCCCGACGGAUGCGAACACUUCGAGUACGACGACCGCGGAAUAUCAAAUGUAGAAAUGUCUGGGUCUGGAAGAAUGCAUGUUUGUCAUGCUUGUCUGGCAUGACUCUUAAAUCUGUCAUACACGUUACCCAAGAGCCGCAUUUUUCUGUCAUGCGGAGACGCAGUUUGUCAUGCAGAAUAGGCAACACCUACAAGCUCAGAAAUUUGUCAUGCAGAGCCAGCACUUGUGGCCCCCUCAUGCUACGCCACUCAGCAUCACAAGUUUCCAGACAUCCAGACAUUUUUGCAGUUCAUACGGAAGGCGCUGGGUCAAAAUCUUCUUCCAAUAACAGUAAUGAACAAGCAAUUCUACUGGGCCGCAAUCCCUCGUCUUCCAAUUCUCCGCAGCCUUAUGAAAUGCAAAAGCAUCGUACUAGUAUAAAUCGCAUGAAAAAUUUCCUCAGCAUGAGAAAGAACAUUUGUAAUGCGGAUUUAACCUGAGAAAGAAACUUGUAAUGCAUGAAUGCGAUUAGUACGAGUACGAUACUUUUGCACAGAAUAAGCCUUCGCCAAACACCAUGACGAGUUCCAAUUUUAACCCGUUCGAGCAAAUAUCAGGUGCAAAAGUAUCCUACUCGUCGUAUAAAUGCAUUACAAAUUAUUUCCUAAGCAUGAGAAAUGAAAUUUGCAAUGCGGAUUUACCUUCAAGAGAAAGAUUUGUAAUGCAUGACUGCAAUCACUACGAGUGCGAUACUUUUGCACAGGAUAGCAAAGUCAGCAGAGCUCGGGGAUGACGGUGGGGACAGCAUUAGCGUUUGAAAAUGAGGUAUCGCGAGAAAAGAUUGUUUCACGGUGAACUUGUGAUGCAUAGAAUGAAUGGAGCACAGAGCUACUUAGUCGUCUUGCUACACCUGCAAGAGGACUACACCGGAGCUCUAUAGCAUGUUUUCCGUUCUUGGUUGGAAGCACGCAUGGCAAAUUCAUCUCUUCUUGUGUAAACAAAGACAAACUUGUGAUGCAGACCUUGCAAAAUUAUCACAGUGAAACAGUUUUUUCAUGCGAUAUGAGGAGCGAAAGUCAAGAAAUUCCUCUCGGCCGGGGACAACGAAGUCUGCUGCUACUAUGCAAGACAAAUUGGACCAAUCGAUCGGAACUCAGUUUUCCAAAACGGACGGGUCUUCCGUCGGCGGGAUCUUCAAUAUGAGGGUACACAACAGCUCCUCCUCGUUCUCAUUUCUCGUGCAAAAUACCCAAUCUACGCUUUGCCUCCUGUCACUAUCAUGCAUGACAAGUUCUUCUGGCAGCUGGUGCCCAAAUAGCACUACACUCCUGUCCAGAUUUGUCAUGCAAAACCUGUAUUCUUGCUGACGCUUGUGUUGCUGUCCAUGCAAUACAGAGCGAGGUGGACGGGGAGUUGUGCACUUUCAUAUUGAAGCUGUUAGGUGGUGACGACCACGACGAGGAUGAGGACGACGACAUCCUCGCUGCGAUCUACGACCCGCAUCACAGAUCGUAUCGCCAGAAAAAACUGUUUCACUGUAAACUUGUAAUGCAGAAUAUGUAUCUCAAAAGUGUUUGUCAUGCUACUCAUGCAAGACAGUAGAUUUUUCGCUGUGCGUUCCCUUACGAGCCUUGCAUGGCAAAUUUUCUCUGUCAUGCAGAACAAACUUGUGAUGCAAAACGUGCAAAAUCCUUACAGUGAAGCACUGUUUUCGUACGAUAGAUCGAGGCAGGAGAUGAAUGAGGCAGAAGAAGAGGGCGGGUAUAACGUCGACGGAGCUGAAGGGCAGGAUUGGUCUGACGAAGCGGAAACUACGCUGGGCGAUAUUCUUCGGGCUAGUAAAAAUGACCUCCUUGAUCCCCCGCAAAGCCCAACUGCAAACAAAUUCCAACCGCACUCGCCGAAAAAGCUUUCCCCCGAACAGUUGCGAAGUGCGAAACUGUUGGAUGAAGAGCUCCAGGCUAGUGGGUUGAAGCAGUCGCGUCGCAACUCUACUAUUUCCAGCACGACCAGCAGUCCGGACGGUAAGCUAGGAGCUUUGACUAAAGACGAGAGAGAACGGUUGAAGAUAAAGAAGAAGCACGAAGAGAAGCUGCAAAUGGAGGAAAGGAUAUCCAUUUGCUGCAAAAGGUGUAUCGCACUGGAACAAACAAAUUUUGAUAUGCAGUCUCGCAUGACAGUACCUUUUUUCUAUGCCUGAAUCUGCAUUACAAAGAGACAGAAGUCGAUUUUUCCCUUUCAGUAAAGUUGUAUUGCGGUUUUUACCUACUGCGUGCGAUCACGCUUUUGCGAGGCAUAGAGGAUCAACAGUGACAAGUUCCGGGAGGAGGAGGAAAAUUUCAAGGCUUU